ACUUGCGCUGUGUUCACAUGACUUUUGUUUACAUAGCAACGACACACAGCUCUGUGGGUACGGACGAGAAGAGAAAGAAAAAAAAAAAAAGUUAACACUAAUUAUUUUCGUGACGUUUUUAUGUACGGCCAUAUUUACUAAGGUGCUUGUUUUCAUAAUGGCUGUAAGGGAAGGCCGAAAACUGCUUCCACCCAUUCCUGUUGUGCAAGAUAGUGUCCCACAAACCUUAGACAUUAAUGUACCGAAAGACAAAACACCAAAACUUAUUCAAGAUCUCAAGCGAUCCACUCAGGAAUAUGCUUUAAUGGCAGAAUUCAAUCUUCUUAGUCAACAGAAACUACCUGGUGUUUAUGUGGUUCCAUCGGCAUCAAAUACAUUCGUUUGGAAUGGAAUAUUAUUUAUACGGAAAGGAAUGUACCAAGGUGGAAUAUUUCGGUUUUUGCUUAAAAUGCCAGAAAACUAUCCUAGUUGUGAUUGUCCUAGUGUGUAUUUUAUCCCUCCUAUUUUCCACCCUGUCAUUAACCCAGAAACGGGGGAACUGGAUGUGAAAAGAGCAUUUCCUAAAUGGAGAAAAAGUGUUAACCAUUUGUGGCAGAUAUUGCUGUAUGUCCGAAAAAUAUUCUAUAAAAUUGAUACAAAAUCCCCUUGGAACCAUGAUGCAGCUGUUUUAUAUGACCAAAUUGAAAUGUAUGAAUCAAAAGUAGCACAAUCUAUUCAGAAAUGCAGAGAAAGCAUCUAUGAGAUUCCUGACCCAAAUGAUCUUCAUGCUAUUCGGUUCACAGACUGGGAUCCUGAUGUUCAUGAAGAAAUUAGAAACUCUAUAUUAAAUAAAACUUUUCAGGACAAACCAAAUUUGGCUGAUAAUUCAUCUGGACUAUCGUGGAUGAACAGUGAGAAUUCUCAGAUAUUUUCUAAAGAAGACACUACUUUCUCAUGAAUAUAUCAUUAUUUAUUUGUUGAUAACAAACAACUGCAUUCAUACCAUUUCCUUGGUCUUUGAUUCUAUUGAAGAUUCCUCCCUCUAUAAAUCUGAAGCACAAUGUUGAGCUGAUUGUUAUAGAUAUUUGUAUCAUAAACUUAAAAAAAAAUACAAAGUGUUGCACUGUUUGAUAAAUUUGUUUAUAUGGAAUAAUGUUUAAUAAAAAUUACUUUUAAUUUAUUAGA